AUGGAAAAUUUAAAUGAGGAUUCUAACAACUCAAACGAAAAUGGGAACUCGCCUCAAAACGAUAGCAAUGAAUAAAAAGAAGAUGAUUAAAAUGAUUCAGAUUAAGACGCUUAAGAUUAUGAUGAUUAGCAAAUGAACAAUCAAUAAGACACAUCUUAAUAUUAAUAGGAAUAAUAAGAUAAUAUGUCUAGAUAUCAAGAAUAGGAAGCUUAAAUUAUAUAAUAUUGGAAGGAAACAGGAUAAAUGUGGGAAGAUCCAGAUUUUAGGCCAGAUAAUAGCUCAUUAUUUAAAGACACAAUGAAUAUUCCUGAAUGGGGAAAAGAUAUAAGAAAAAUAGUAUGGCAAAGGCCAUAAUAAAUAUCUAAGGAUGCAAAAUUUAUACAGGAUAAAGAUGGGGAUGCAAAGCAAGGAGCUUUUGGAGAAAGUUGGUUUAUCGGAGCAAUAAUACUAAUUAGUACUCAUGGAGAUAUUUUAGAUAAGUUAUUUGUGGAAACUUAAUAUUUUGACAAUGCUGGAUUUGUCUCUUUUUAGUUUUUUAAAAAUGGAGAAUGGAAACAGGUUAUUGUAGAUACAUUAUUACCUUUUGAUUAAGAAUCAAAAUAGAUUUUGUUUACUUAUUGUGCAUCUCCUAAUGAAUUUUGGAUUCCUUUAAUGGAAAAAGCAUACUCAAAAUUACAUGGAUGUUAUUAGAAAAUUUGCGAAGGAUCUAUUUUGGAAGGAUUGGUGGAUCUUACUGGUGGUGUUUCAGAAGGAUGGGUUCUUAAUGAUCCAGAUACAUCGAAAUUAAUUGAAUCUAAUUAAUUUUGGUAAAUACUUAAUAAUUAUUUCCAUUAGAAAUUUUAUCUUGGAUGUAUUAAUUAUGUUGAAGGAAAAGGAACUAAAAAUGCAGAUACUGGUACUCAUGGUAUUCUUGAAAAUCAUCAUUAUGGUAUUUGUGAUAUUAGAGAAUUUCCUAAAGAAAACCUUAAGCUUAUUAGGAUUAGAAAUCCUUGGGGUACCGAUGGUGGAUGGAAUGGGCCUUUUUGUGAUGACUCUGAAGAAUGGGACAAAUAUAGGGAACUAAGAGAUAAAUUAAAACUUGUUUUUAAAUCGAAAAAAUCAGAUGGAACUUGGUGGAUGAGUUAUCAUGAUGUAUUUUUAUUUUUUUUAUUUUUUUUUAAUUAUAAAAUUUAUGAAUAGUGGUAUUUACAUUUCAAUAAGCUUUAUGUUUGCAAAGUUUUCCCAGAAUCUUGGGAUUGUUAUUCUAUUGAAUCUAAAUGGUAGGGAAAAACAUAGGGAGGUGUUUGUCCUCCUAAAAUGAUUUACGAUGGAUAAGAAAAUAUGCCUGAGUAUUUAUAAUUAGAUACAGAUGAAAAAUGGUUUAAUAACCCUCAAUUUAGAUUAAAAGUAACAAAAGAAACUAAAAUGUACAUAAGUUUGAUGCUUGAAGAUGAAAAAUUAACUAAACAUUCAUAUGUACAAUGCAAUUUUGUUGUAAUUUUACAAAAAGAUAGAAAAAAUAGAGUUUGGGAAUAUCCAGAUGAUAAUAAUAUAAUAAUAGAAGCAAAUCCAAAUGGUUAAGCAUCAGCUUAAAGAGAAAUAACAUAAUAUAUAACCUUGAAAAAAUUUGAAGGAAAAAAUUAUGGAAACUAUAUUAUUGUACCUAAUAUGAUAACAGAAAGUAAAAAAGACGAAAAAAGAGUUUUUUAUUUAAGAAUUUUUGCAUCAGAACCUGUAAAAUAUAUAUGUAUAUAUAUUUUAUUAUACAAAUAAAUAAAGAUAGAAAUAAUGGAAAUGCCAGAAACUUUGGAAUUUUCAAUCGAAGAUUAAUAAUGGGAAUAACAUAAUGCAGGAGGAAGAAGAAAAAUAGAAAAUAAAAAUAAUCCUAAUUGGUGUAGGAAUCCCUAAUAUUUUCUUAAUUUGAAAUAGGCAACAAAUUUGAAAAUCAUAUUAAGAAAAACUACUUAAAUUAAAAAAACCAGAACUAAUACUAUAGGAAUGACUAUUUGUUAAUAUAAUUUAAAUAAAAAUAAGCAAUAACAAGUUAAGGGAAAGCCUAUUUAAAUCCAAACUAAAGGAAAAUAAACAGGAUCAAAUUUAUAAAGAUUAUUAGCGCAAACCGAUUAAUAAUUAGAACCACCAGAAAUGAUUCAUAUUGAGAGGAAAUUAUUUGUUGGUUAUGCGGAAAAAUUUAAAGAAAGCUUUUAUAAGAAUGAUGAAGUUGCAGCUUUAUUUUUUUCAUGGAAUCCUACAGAAGGUCCGUUUAUAAUAAUUCCUUCAAUGAACGAAGAAGAUAAGUACGCGGGAUAUAAAUUAACUAUAUUUUCAAAUCAUCCAGUUUAAUUGUAAAAAUUGGAUGAAAAUAUAAACUCUGUUUUAAUAGGAAAAUGGGAAAAUGAAGUUACAGAUGGAGGUUGUCAUUUAUAUGAUGAACCUUUUGAAAAAGAAAUAUCUAAAAAAACAUGGACUUAAAAUCCUAAAUUUUUAUUAUCUUUUCCUGAAAAUGUACCCACUAAUUUCAAAAUAACUCUAUCUAUUGCUGACAAGAAUUGGAAAGCAAAAAUUAAAAAUACUGUUGGAGGCAUGAUUGGCAUCUAUUUAUUAGAAAAAAGAGAAGGAAAAAUUAGUUAUGAUGAUCAAAAAGUUCGAGAUGUGAACUUUUUGCCUGUUUAAGUUAUAGAAGAAAGCUAUUUUUUAUAAAACAUAAAUAAAGCUGGAUAUUAUAUAAUGCCCAGCACUUAUUAAUAUAAACUAGCUGGUUAGUUUAUUUUAUCGGUUACUUCAGAUAAAAUAUUUACUUUAACGCCUUAAAAAUGA